AUGUGUAUGCUAUGCCGUUCACCGUUAUUUUCAAUGGCUGUUGAAGUUGAUUUUGAAGAGUAUUCAACCGAUGAAGAAGCUGAAACGAUCAAUACACGAUAUUUACGAUUAUCUGAACAGGCGACAACAAUAUCAUCAGAUAAAUCCGAAUUAAUAUUACAACCGAAUGACUUAUUAAAUGUAAUUGAAGGAUAUAAGGCGUUUGAAGGAUUCUAUUUUAACGCUUUUAACAGUUAUUUUCUCCUAUCACAAGAUCCAUAA